GCGGCCGCGCUCAGAGGCGCCGGGGCCCCUCCGGCCGCAGUGGUUCAGCCCGGCAGAUCCGGGGCCGCUUCAGGGCGCCGCCCCCGCCGCGGCCCCGCAGCCCACAGGUGGAACCAGGUGUGCAACCGCUGGGACCUGUGUCUGAAGGCCAUGAGAAUUUUCCUCCUAAAAGCGCAGUAACAAACCAGGAGAGCAUUAAACAGAUACAGCAGCUGGAAGUUGAACUCAAGAAAAAGCGCAAAAAAUGUGAAAACCUUGAGCAUGAAGUGAGGAAAAAGCAUAAAAGAUGCAAAGAGCUAGAGAUCCAGCUGCAGGAGGUGCAGAGUGAAAAUGCACGACUGGCCGAAGAGAACUUGCAGCUGAAUGAGAAGGCUGGGUGGGCAGGACAGGUUGAAUCUGAGAAUGCUGACCUGAAACUGCAGGUUGUUUUAGUGACUAAGGAACGGGAUUCAGUAAUUCAGACAAAUCAAGGACUCCAAACCAAGCUGGAGAAUCUAGAGCAGGUGCUGAAGCACAUGAGAAAUGUGGCUGAGCGGAGGCAGCAGCUGGAAGUGGAGCACAAGGAAGCACUGCUAGUCUUGCAGGAGAAGCAGGAGGAGGUCCAGCGGUUGCAGCAGGCGCAGGCAGAGGCAAGAAGGGAACAUGAGGGAGCAGUACAGCUUCUAGAGGCCCGGGUGAAGGAUCUGGAGGACCAGUGUCGCAGUCAAACAGAGCAGUUCAGCCUCCUGUCACAGGAACUCCAGCAAUUCCGCCUUCAAACAGGGAAAAUCAACCUUCUCACUUCCACUCUGGUGACUUCGGAGCUGCCCCUUGCUCUGUGCAGCUCCGCCCCGCAGCCCCGCUGGGAGAAGGAGUCAGCUGUUCCUGGGUUGCUCCCCCACCAGAGCACAAAGAAGAUUCACAAUGAAGGGAGUGAUGAGCUGGAGCCGUUGCAGCAGGGGCCAGACACCACCUUGGGCUCCCCAGCUGCUCCCACCAGUGCUCAGAAACAAUCCAAGAAAGGAGAGUCUCAGUCCAGCUCUUCAAAAUCUGAAUCCAUGCAGAACAGCCCAAAAUCCUGCCCAACUCCAGAGGUGGACACUGCGAGUGAAAUGGAAGAACUGGAUGUUGACAGCAUCUCCCUCAUGCCAGAGCCAGGCAACCAAGGCCCUGCAAAGCUCCAGGUGUUCUUGGCUCGAUACAGCUACAAUCCUUUUGAUGGACCGAAUGAAAAUCCAGAGGCAGAGCUUCCGCUGACUGCUGGAGAAUAUAUUUACAUCUAUGGAGACAUGGAUGAAGAUGGCUUCUUUGAAGGGGAGCUGAUGGAUGGCCGGCGAGGGCUGGUCCCCUCCAAUUUUGUUGAGCGAGUUUCAGAUGAUGACCUCAUGACGAUUCUGCCUCCGGAGCUGAAUGAUCUCACCCAUAGCUCAUACCAGGAGAAAAGUUUGGUCAGUGCAAGCACCAGCAGUGGAGAUAAGAGUGAGUUCUCCAUUGAAGAGAGUAGUAUUAGUCUGUUGGCCAGCAGAGCAGAAGGAGACCAGGAGGAGCCUGUUAGUCACACAGCAGUGCCUUACCCAAGAAAACUGACUCUUAUCAAGCAGCUUGCCAGAAGCAUAGUUGUAGGCUGGGAACCACCUCUUUUGCCAGCUGGCUGCCCAGACAUACAAAGCUACAACAUCUAUGUGGAUGAAGAGCUACGUCAGAACGUGAAGAGUGGCCUUCAGACCAAAGCAGUGAUAGAAAAGCUGGAUUUACACAGCAGGGCUUACCGUGUGUCCGUGCAGACGGUGACGGCGCACGGCAGCUCUGAUAGACUGCGCUGCACUUUCUUUGUGGGGCAGGAUUUUGGCAAGGCACCAACGAUGCUGAAAGUCAGAAGUGUCACAGCCACGUCAGCAGAGGUGACGUGGCUUCCCUGCAACAGCAACUACAGCCAUGGGGUGUAUCUCAACGGGCAGGAGUGUGAUGUGACCAAGCCGGGCGUGUACUGGUACACCUUCCGCAACCUGCAGCCCAGCACCCAGUACGUGGCCAAGCUGGAGGCCCGGCCCAUGAAAACUCCUUGGGAAGAGGUGCCCGAGGGACAGGAGCAGGACUCAGCUGUGAUACACUUCACUACCCCUCUAGCAGGCACACCUGAUGCUCCUUUGGAUGUCCAGGUAGAAGCUGGUCCCUCUCCAGGUAUCCUGGUUAUCAGCUGGUUACCUGUCACCAUUGAUGCUGAGGGAUCUUCCAACGGGGUCCGGGUCACUGGAUAUGCCGUGUAUGCGGAUGGACAGAAGGUGAUAGAAGUUACUUCUCCAACAGCUGGGAGUGUCCUGGUGGACUUGUCCCAGCUUCAGAUGUUCCAGGUGUGCCGUGAGGUUUCUGUGAGGACAAUGUCUCAGUAUGGGGAGUCCGUGGAUUCGGUUCCAGCCCAGAUUUCCUCCGUCCUGCUGGAAUCCUCCCACUGCACUUCCCCUGUGUGCACCACUGUCCCCUCCAGACUGCCCCGGGGGGGCCCCAGGGCCUCACUGCCUGCCUGCAGCCCACAGCACACAGCCACACUCCGACAGAAAAUUCCUGCUGAGAGCUCAGAUGCCAAAUUGACUGACCCAUCCUCCAGCCCUGCUGGCUCAGCACGGCCCCUGACAGAGAAAGCCUCUUCCCCACCACACCUCCCCUCCCCUAGUGCUUCCUUGGUGCAGGCUCCAGGUACUUCCCCACAGAGGCUGGACACUGUGGGAGACAAGAAAUGCCUCAGUGUGCCUCCCCAGCAAGCUGGCACAGUGUUCCCAGGGCAGGGCACGGAGCCUGGCCCUCCCCAGGAACCGGGAUUGCAACAGCUGGUUGAAGGGACAGAGUUGCAGAUGGAGCAGUCAAGAACCAAACUACCAGAGCUGGGAAGCCUGACCGACAGUGGGGUGAAGCUGCAAACAGAAACCUGCCACGUGUGCUCUGUGGAGGAGGCACCCAAAGGUCCCAGUGCUGACACGGAGAGAGAGGCAGAGAAGCACCUGAACCCAGAGCCUGCGUCCUCCCCCAGCCAGGCUGGGGCCACACAGGACACCUUUCAAGAUGGAAACAUGAGUGGGAGCAGCUGCCAGGACUUCCUGAGGUUGUCUUCUGGCAAGGAGGUGAUGAAAGAAAUGUCCAGAGUGAAAAGAGAGCAGCAAGAAGAAAAACUGUCGGAAAUGGGCCGCCGACAGUUGACACUUUUCACUGAGCACAACCGGAGUUCUGACCUUUCAGAUAUUUUGGAAGAGGAGGAAGAAGAAGAGCUGUCUUCAGAUGCUCUGGAAGAGAAGAAAUGGGACCAGAGAGAGCCAUGUUCCCAGGAGAAUGGGGAAAAGAUGGAUCUUUGUGAUACUGACAGCGAUGAGGAGAUUCUGGAGAGGAUCCUGGAGCUCCCGCUUCAGAAGAACCACAGCAAGAAGUUAUUCAGCAUCCCUGAAGUGACUGAGGAUGAGGAUGAAGAUGAAGAUGAGAAGGGUGUUACAGAAGAAAAGUCAGACCCUCAAGACUCGUUGGAAACACAGACCUACCAUUCAGGAAGAACAGAGAAACCACCCAACAGCAAGGAGCCAUUUCUGAAGGAAGAUGGGAGUAGCACCUCUGUGGAUGUGUAUGCUCAGACUCCGCAGGGGGAGCACGGUGCUAAGGAGAGCAGAGCGGAUGCUGACCGUGCAAAUCCUGCCUUUAGCCAGCUGGCCUUCAGUCAAAAGAAGGCACACUGGAACUGGGGCUAUCAGGAGAACGAUCCAAAGUCUGGGAGUGGGACAAGUCCCUCUUGGGGCAAGAAGAAGGGAAAUAAUUAUCGAGAGAAGAUCCGGAGUCGGCCUGAGAUAAGUAGGAAGAGACAGAGUGAUCCAACAGAGCACUGCAGUCGUCUGCUGGGCAACUGCAGCCAGAUGGGGAGCGGGUUAUACAGAGCUCCCAGUCUCAGGGAGGAGCUGAAUGUUGUCAGCAGUGCCGGUGGGAAGGAGGGGUUGGAUUUGUACAGCCGGGCCAGACAAGGCACCUUACAGAAAAAAGCCCUAAGAGCAGUAGGAGCUGGGGGGGCAGAACCUGCUGUGAUGGCAACGCACGGCCCCAGCCCCAGAAGCCUGGAAAUAGACAUCGAAUAUGACUCCGAAGAUGAUCAGGAUUCAACCUGUGCAUCCUCCCCAGAGAGCAGGCUGUGGCCAGAGAGGUCCCAGAGCUGCCAGGGAGACUGGAGUGAUUGUUCCAGUCAGUCUGAGGUUGCCCACCCGGGUGGCAGAAGGGACCUGACCAGGCUAGAGAUGAUGGAAGAGCAGGGUAUGGAGUGGGCCGGGCACCUACAGUUCUUCUGCCGGGAGAAGGAAGCCCCAAGGUGUGAGAGCAGUUCUGAGGAGCAGGGCUGGGAGCUGGACUGUAAGUCACCUGGCUGGAGAAGGAGGCUCGAACAUUCUUCGAAGGGGAUACGUAGCACCUCCUUGCACAGAAGGGCAUCCAGUCACAAAGAUUCCAAGGGCCCAGAGCCGCCUGGCACAGCCGCCUGGCAGGCUCCUAGCAGGAGACGGAGCAAGGGUGUAAGAAGAAGCCAAAUGCAGAAACCUUUGUUCUCUAGUCCAGGCCCUCCAAGGAGCACUGCUCCCCAGAACUCUGGCAGAGAUGACAGCGUUCGGAUCUUCGUGGCUCUCUUUGACUACGAUCCUGUCUCCAUGUCCCCUAACCCUGAUGCUGCAGAGGAGGAGCUCCCAUUCAAGGAGGGGCAGAUCCUGAAAGUUUGUGGAGACAAGGAUGCUGAUGGUUUUUAUAGGGGGGAAUGUGCUGGAAGGGAGGGAUACAUUCCAUGCAACAUGGUGUCAGAAGUCCCUGUGGAGAGCAGUGAGCUCAAGCAGCAGCUCCUAAAGCAGGGGUUCCUGCCUGCCAGCACGGAGAGCCCAGGAAAUGGCACAUUUUCUCCACCUCCACGCCGCCAAACCGUCCCUCCUCCAAAACCCAGACGCUCCAAGAAAGGACCCUCAGAUGUUUGUACGACUGCUAGGAAGUGGAAAGAGAGCCCAUCCCUGUGCUGGUGGCUGGACAAACAGGAGUGCAAGUCUCAGCCCGGGCAGAAACAUAAAGACAUUGAAGCAGAGCUGCUGACUCCUCGCAGGAUGGUGGCUGCUUUUGACUACAACCCUAAGGAGAGCUCUCCAAACACGGAUGUGGAGGCUGAACUGACCUUCAGUGCCGGGGACGUUAUCACUGUCUUUGGGUCCAUGGAUGAUGAUGGAUUCUAUUAUGGAGAGCUGAACCAACAAAGAGGGCUUGUCCCAUCCAACUUCCUGGAAGCUGUCCCUUUGGAUGGAGACAUGGCCAAGGAAUUCCACUCCAAAGAUAAAGAAGCUUCUCCGCUGAGUGCUGAGAGCCAGCUAAAUCCAGAUGGAUCUGUUGAUCAGAGCAACUCCUCUCCAUCUCCUCUGCCAGCACCUUCCUGCCUUGUCCCAGGCAAGCAGUGUCCAGAGCAGGCAUCGCUGGCCCUCCUCACCUGCACUGGUGCACCUGGGCAGAGUAAAAAGAAGAGAGGCUUCUUCUUCAAAGGGAAAAACCUCUUCAAAAAACUUGGGUCCCAUAAGAAAAACUAACAAGGGGUUUAUUCCAUCCGGGCUGCCCACACAGCCCCAGAGACUGAGUUCAGGAGAAGCCCUCUGCAAUAAAAUGAUUAUUUUCAUAGGGAAGAAGUAUGUGUUGAAUAGAGAAAACCCUGAAGGGUGUAGGAGCUGAGAGCCCCUGGAGAAAAAGUGGCUCUGGGGUGUGAGGGCUCAGCUCUGGGAUCCAGCAUGUCCUACUCCAUGUAGCCCUCAGUGUACUGGUUCCCUGUAAAUAUUUUAAUUUAAGGAUUAUAUUCUGGCUGUAAGUUAGCUAACUGGCUUUUCCCAGCAAAACCCCAGCCCCUUAGGAGAGAUCCCUUGUAUUCCACACCCUGGUAUUUCUCUGCUCCAAAGGAGGUUGUGUCAACUCCUUCACCUGCUGCAAAGAAAAUCUGCACUUUUCUGUUCCUGUGACUCCCCUUCGCUGUUUCUGGGCUGAUGAGUGAGUUCUUAUUUGUACUGUAACCCUGUAAAUACGCAGCUGUGCCUCGGAGCAUCCCACACUGCCUCAGUCAGCUUCCAGCACGAGGAUCCCGGAGAGGAAGGAGCGAUGCCCUGGUGGGGGUCAGUUCUUCAGCGUGGGGGUGAGCUGCUGCCAGCUGCUCCUGCCUGGUUCACCUUGAUCACACACUGGCUGGGGACUCCGCCUUAUUAUUUAUUUAUCAAUUUAUUUAUCAAUUGAUUUAUUUAUCUACCUAUUUAUUUAUUUAUUUGUCUGUCUGCCUCUCUCCACGGUUCUGUUCAGCUGUGUCUGAGCUGCUCCUGAGCCAGGGGGAGAGCAGGGCUGGGGCUGGGCAGCUCUCACUGUUUCUGUUGAUGUGUUCCUGCAGUUGAGACUCAGCCUGUCCAAGCACAGAGGGGUUUCUAUGCCAUGGUUUCUGUCCUUCCCCGUGUUUCUUUCUCUGCAUGUUCCAAUGGGUCCUUGUUCUGAGCAGGGCAGUUCUGUGAGCUCCGUGAGUGGUGCCAGCACAGUGGCCAUGAGUGGUGGUGGUAUGGUAUGUUUUUAUUUAAUAUCAAAUUUUAUUAUAAUAAAGUCUAUUUUCACAAAAAUACAUUUUCCUUAAAAAA